AUGGGUAAAUUAAAAUUAAAAAGACCACAAAGUUUUACAGAAUCAUUUCAUAAUUUUAUAUCAAAAGAGACAUGGAAAAAGGUUCAACAUAAAACAUUGAUGAUGUUUGGUAUGGAUUAUAGAUCAAUGGCAUUGUUUAGAGUUACGAUGGCAUUAUGUGUAAUUGGUGAUGUUAUUGAACGUGCAACGGAUUUAAGUGUAAUGUAUACAGAUAGUGGUGUUAUGCCUCGUCAUUUAAUUACAUCACGUUAUAGUAGUAAUUACUUUUUACCAAUUCAUUUAGUUAAUACAUCAUUUUGUUUCCAAGCAUUUCUAUUCACAUUACAUAUUGUAAUUGCAUUUUCAAUGUUAAUUGGUUAUCGUACAAAACUAAGCUCUAUUCUAACUUGGUUAAUGACAAUUUCAUUGCAAGCCUACAUUGGUGUCAUUGGUCAUGGUGGUGAUGUUUUCUUUCGUAUGAUGUUAUUUUUAAAUAUUUUCAUACCAACUUCAAAAUAUUUCUCUUGGGAUAGUGCAACAUUUUAUCAAGAUUCACCAAUAAAACGUUUAAAUAAUAAUAAUAAUAAUAAUAUUGUAAAUAGUAAUAAUAAUAAUAAUAAUAAUAAUAAUGUAAUAAUAAAUAAUGUAAUAAAUAGUACGAAUAUACCAAUAAUUAAUUUAUCAGAACCAGAAUCACCAUUACAACAACAACAACUAUUACAACAACAAUUACAACAUGACCAAGAAUUAAUUUUACAACCACCACAACAACAACAAUUAAAAGAUAUUAAUAUUAAUAAAGAUGAAAUUGGUAUUGAGAUUGGUAGUGAACGUGGUAUUGAACAAAAAGUUAUCCAAGCAAAAAGAGAUCCAGAUAGUUAUCGUUUCGUUUCAUUCGGUACUUGUGCAAUUAUCUUACAAAUUGGUUUAAUGUAUUGUACUUCAUAUUUUCAUAAAUCUGGUGCAGAAUGGCAUAAUGGUGAUGCAACUUUCUAUGCUUUAACUUUAGAUUAUUUCGCUACUGAUAUCGCUAAAUUAUUUUUAUAUUUCCCUCCAGCAUUAAAAGUUUUAACAAUUGCAGUUGCAAAAUGGGAAUUAUUUGGUAUUUUAUUUUUAAUUUCACCAGUUUAUUCAGAUUGGUGUAGAUUAUUUGGUGCAAUUGGAUUUAUUGCUAUGCAUGCUGGUUUUAUUAUGUGUUUACGUUUAGGUUUAUUCUUUUUCGUUACAGCAGGUGCAGAAUUAAUUAAUAUUCCAACAACAGUUUGGGAAUUAUUCUUUGAUUUGAUAGAGGAGAAAGUAUUAAAAGGUCAACAACCAACUCGUGUUUAUUAUAAUACUUCAAGUCCAAUUAGUCAAAGAAUUGCUUUAAUCUUUAAAACUUAUUUCAUAAUUCCAGGUCAUGCUAUUUUUUCACCAUUAGAAAAAAUGUUAAAUAAUGAAGAUUCAAUUAGCAAUAAUAGUGCUACUCAAUCACCAUAUUUAUUAAGCAGCAGUAGUUCAUCAUCAUCAUCAUCAAAUGAUAACUCUGGUUCAGAUACUGAUGACGCUGAAAGAUCACAUCGUCGUCGUACUUCAAAUUUAUCAUCACCAACAAUUUCAUCAACAAUGUUUUCUUCUUCCCCAUUAAUUAAUGGUAGUAAAAAAGAUUUAGUUGGUGAUGAUUGGUUAGUUACAAUUGAUUCAAAUGGAAUUAGAAAAAGAAAUAUCCAUGCUUUAAAUUACAUUUGUAGUAAAUCACCUUUACUAUUCCCAUUGGCAAAGGCAUUGACAUAUGUACCUGCAAAUAUGUGUAUGUUAUUUACAAAGAUUUGUCAAAAGAUUCAUAGUCGUUCACAACAAUCAUUAAUUAUGUCUAGUGGUAAAAGAAGUUUAUAUCAAAAGAAAAAGAAUCCAAUUCCACAAACUCCACGUAUUUAUUCAAUUUUAAAUAACAUUUGGAUGUUAUUCAUUUGUUAUUUCUUAUUUGCUUAUAAUUUGAAUGUUUUUGAUUAUAAUUUUGGUUUCCAACAAAGUUGGCAUCAAUUUGCUUAUGUUUUAAGAUUAGAUCAAAGUUGGAAUAUGUUUAGUCCAGCACCACCAAAAACACAUUGGUGGCAUGUUAUUCAUGGUGAAUUAGAUGAUGGUACUAAAGUUGAAUUAUUUAAAAAUGAAGGUAUGUUUAAUUUUCAAAUUAAUACUGAAGUAAACUUUGAAAAACCAAAUCCAUUCUACAAGUCUUAUGGUAAUCAUAGAUGGUUUAAAUAUUAUGAAAAUGGUUAUAAUCAAGCAAAUAGUGAUUCUAUGAGAUUAGAACAUGGUAGAUAUCUCUGUAGAGAAUUCAAUAAAAGACAUACUGGUGAUGAACAAUUAUAUAAAUUCUCUGUUUACUUUGUACAUGAAUUCCAAAAUCUUGAUGGUACUGUUGGUCCAAAGAACCAUUUCUCAUUAUGGGAUCAUGUUUGUUAUGAUAAAAAACAAAUUUAA